GUCACGACGUUCAUUUCCAUUGCCUCGAGGAACCGCUUUGCAGCUGUGGGGCACUCUCGUCGUCGCCAUGUUCUCCCCAUCUUCACGGCCGGACGACAUUCAGGAGGAGCAAGAAGAUCAGCGACAAGAAAGCGAUGGUGGCGGCGGCGCUUCGUCUCCUCCUCGCCAUCCUCCUCGACCUGGACCAUCCGUCUUGACGGGCGUAUCCAGCCCUCAACGACAGCAAUCAGGCGGCAACACAUCAUCACGCACUCCAGCAGCAGGCGCAGGAACACGAACGGGACCUCGCCCUGUCCCUCGCUCUUCCUCUUCACUUCGACACAUUUCAUCAUCGCGCUCCACUUCGAGCAGAGGCGUCUCCUUCAAGUCGGUACCUGAAGAUCGAGCAGCAGAUGCGAAUGCGCAUGCUGUUCCCAAUGACUUGGGAUCUAGCGCAAAACGCAAAAUGGAUGCAGAGGAGAGGAAGAGGCGCGAGAUGCUUCAGCAGGAAGACUUCUGGGCAGACGACGAUAGCGAUGUCGAAGCAAGAGCUGCACAGGCUAGCAUGGGGCCCAGCUCGUCUGUAGCAGGGCAGAGAGCCCCGUUGACUCCCACGAGCGACGAAGAAGAAGACGGCGAUGAACUCGACGCAAUCUUGCCACCUCAUCGCAGAUCAGCAAGGCGAAGACUCAGUAGGCGCAGACCUAGAGGAAGCUCCUCUUCCCUCGAGCGCCUAGAUGCCAAUGUACUCGCAGAAUCCACGACCGAAGACGAAGAUGAUGAAGAGGCCAUCCAAGAGCAAGGCGAGUACUCUUCACAGACCGACGACGAUUGGUCAGAGGCAGAAGAAGAGAGGCGUGGUAGCGCGCACGAGGAUGGGGACGAGGGCGAGGGCGAGGGCGAGGACGAGGGAGCCAGGCAUGCAAGAAACGCUCGCUAUGCAGCAAGAGAUCCAGGGGGACCAUCGCUCAAUGGCCCACGCAGGGCACCAUGGCAUCAAAGAGGGCCCGCUGCAGGGUACAGCGCAGCAAUGCAGACACCUGGCCUAGCCUAUCCACCGGCACUCGAGACACCAAUGGAAGGGUCACCGGGCACAGAGGAGGUAGAAGCAGAUCCUCGUCAACGAUUAGAGUGGCAGACGAUGCUCGAGUCCGUCUUGGCGUCCGAAGUGUUGCGCAGCGAGACGAAGCGUAUCACGAGCGUCGAUGCGCCAGACGUAUCGAAACGCGAGCUCAUGUAUCGCCGCUGGCUCGACAUUCGCGCCAGUCUUCGUGGUCGAGGUCAUCUGCGCGGAGCAGUCGAUGCGGAGGAGAAGAGGCUCAAGAGGGGAUGGCCAGAGCUUCUACGCAGCGUCAUCGAAGCCAUCAAGAAUUGUCGCUCAGAUGAGGAGCAGCAGCAGCGCGUUGGUGCAGACGAGCCCUUAGUCCAAGGUCAGGACCACGCCGAGUCGCAAGAUGAGAAGCAGCGAGUGCUCGAAGAAGUCGGCAACCUACUGCAACGAGUCGACGAGUCCGAGUCGCAGUUCCCUUCUCUGGCCAAGGCAAUUGAGGUCGUGCCCGAGUGGGGAGACAAGGCAGUACAAGGCAAACUCGAGGCCCUCUAUGCGUGGUACAACACCGCAACGCUCCUCGAACUGCGAUUGCGCAUUCUCAAAGAGUGGACUGGAUCAGAGACGUUGCGCAUCGACGUGCCACUCAAGUCGUCUGCGCGAGAUCAGGCAGACCCCAACGCCCUCAUCGCGGCUGCCAAUGGCGAGCUCGAAGGCAUGACCUUCGUCGAGCGUGUCCUUAAGGAGGGAUCACUACAGCAUACGUUCGAGAAGCGCACGCUGGGCUCGCUCAAUCAGCUCGUGUGCAAGGCGCGCGAUACCAUCAAGACGCACCACGAGUCGUUCUUGCGAAUGAAGCUGCCGUCUUUCGCUCCGGAGCUCGUACAGCUCAUAUCGUUUCCGAUGCGGCUGGUCGAGGGAGCGCUGCGUCUUCGCCUCGACUAUGCCGGCAAGAUCAAGGAACCCAGCCUGCUCAUCGUCGACUCGCUCACGGAUGACUUGCGAGCCGUCCUAGACGUAGCCAUCCGCACCAAGCGCACCUACUUGUCGACCAUGGUGCCCGACCCGUCACGAGGCUGGGACAUGCCGCCCGUCAUCGACGCGAGCUACGACGAGAUCCUGCGAGAUGCUCUGCGCUUCUUCUUUCGCUUCAUCUCGUUCAAGCUCAAGGGCAGCGUCUUCUUCAAGGAGACGGAGAUCUUGGACAAUGAGUGGCAAUUCCUCAGCCAGGCCGUCGAGGUCAUCGAGGGCGGCGAUGUCAUUGUGGCCAAGAGCAUCACGCGCAUCGUCAACAAGUUGUUUGCGCGUAUCGUCACCUACUUUGAGCGCGAGCUGAGCGCGCCGAGUGCCACCAAGGGGAGGGGCAAAGCUGCCGCGACGGCUCAGGGUGAAGGGGCGGGCACCAAUGCUGCUGCGGGAGGUGGAGACGGUGUCGCGCUCAGUGGGCGUGGGCCUUCCCUUGCUGGUGGCUUGACAAAGGGAACCGUCCACCUCACGCUACCGGAGAAGAUCAAGUGGAUUCACGCCGUCUUCGACAAUGUGCGCAUCCGCAGCCGCAAGCUACUAGGCUUCGCGCGAGACAUUCGUAAUCGACUCGACAAUGCGGCGGAGUACGAUCUGGCGACUUUGCGACCGCCGGACGCCAAUGGAGAGGCGAGCGGCGACCAGGGCGAUGCGACGAUGGACCUCAACGCAUUCAUGCAGACGUUGAUCAACGCCGAUUACUUUCUCGUUUACACGGAGGUGUACGAAGAGCGCGGCAUCUACAUCGUCGCCGAGCCGACGCUGCACGACAAGCCCGAGAUCAUCGAGGACCUGUUGCGCAAGUGCGUGCGCAAGAUUGCGCCGCAUUCAAACAGUCGGCCGAGCGGCGGCGCUGGUGGCGCUCUGGCCGAAGAUGAGGAGCGAGGGGCAGGCACGACUACCGUCGCCGUCGAAGAAACGGAAGCUGCAUCGACUGUCAAGCCGACGACGCCCGCAGCAGCCGGCUCUGCCGCAUCGGAAGAGGAGAGUUCUCACUACCUGCUGCUCCUCACCCCGCGCGACCCUUUCAUGUGGACGGGGCGAGUGAUGCCGUACAAGAUCGAGUAUGUCGAGGUCAGCCUCAACGACAGGCGGCUGCGCCUGAUCGCUGACGGGCCCAAGGAGAGGCUGCAGCUGUGCAAGGAGCGGUUCCAGAAUGAGUUCAAGCGAGGCGGCGACUCUAGUGCGACUGUCUUCCCCCUCGACGUCAUCAACGAGCACAUGGCGCACAUGAGCGACGUGCAGGCAGAGCUGCGUAACAUCAACAAGGGGGUGUACAUGCUCUCGAAUACCGUCCUCAACGCCGUCUCUGGCGUGCAGCGCAACCUUCGCCGACGCCACCGCCGCAACGAGUCGAGUGAAUCAGAUCCGCAGGGUCGCCGCAGCAAGAGUGCGACGGAGAGCGAAGAGCUCAUCCAGAAUUGCUUCAGUAUGGCGGCAGAGCAAGGCUUCCGCUCCCUGCCCUUCAUCGAGUCGAAUCGACUGCGAGGCUACAUGACGUUGGCGCUCGCCCGCCUCGCCAUCAACUGGGUCGGCUUCAUCUGCGAUGACUGCGUGCACACGGAUCGAAAGACGUUCAAGUGGGCGGUGGCAGCGCUCGAGAAUGCGGUGCAGGUGACGCGGAAUGAGAACAUCUUCCACCUCAGCGAAGACGACUUUGCAAUGAUGCGAGCCAAAGUAGCCAGCUGCGUCGCCCUCUUGAUCUCCCACUUCGACAUCCUCGGCGCAAGAUCGAGUGUAGCCAACGCCAAAGCAGAGCAGGAGCGGCUCGAGCGCGAAAAGGCUGAACGAUCAAAGGCAAUGGAGGCGGGCAACAACCUGCUGCCCGAGUCUGCAGAUGCGGCUGAGCGACACGCUGCUGCUUCACGUCUCAUUCAAGGCGCAGACCAACAGCAACCGCAGCUGCAGCGCAUGGACAGCGGGACAGAGGCGAUGGAGGAGCGUUGGGUGCAGAAGAUGAUCGAGUGGGAUGAAGCGCGCCAGAGCAUCGAGGCAGAGCAGCGCUUGAUAGGGCGCGUGCUUGACGACACUCGACUGGAGGAUCGCGGUUUGCAGUUCUUGGCUUCCUCAUCCUCGCGCAUCCAGAUUCGAUGGCAGCAGGGUCGCUUCAUCGGCGGCGGGACGUUUGGAACGGUGUAUCUCGCUGUCAACCUCGACUCCGGCGGGCUUAUGGCAGUCAAGGAGAUUCGCUUCCAGGACAUCUCCAACACGCCGACACUCUACAAGCAGAUCAAGGACGAGAUGAACGUCAUGGAGAUGCUGUCCCACCCAAACAUUGUCGAGUACUACGGCAUCGAGGUGCAUCGCGACAAGGUCUACAUCUUUGAGGAGUACUGCCAGGGCGGCUCUCUCGCUCAACUCCUCGAGCAUGGUCGGAUAGAAGACGAGGCGGUGAUUCAGGUGUACACGCUGCAGAUGCUCGACGGUCUAGUCUACCUUCACUCGCAGGGCGUCGUUCACCGUGACAUCAAGCCGGAUAACAUUCUGCUGGAUCACAUGGGGGUCAUCAAAUUCGUCGACUUUGGCGCAGCCAAGGUCCUUGCCAAGAACUCACGCACCGUUCAACGCUCUCGUCGCUCGGGCAUCACGCCGGGAAACAACAUGGCGGGCAUGGUGGGGCCGGAUGGCAAGCCGGUAGGAGCCGCCGCAGUCCAGUCUCUGCAGGGAACGCCCAUGUACAUGUCACCCGAGGUCAUCAAGGGCGAGUCGCGUGGGCGUCGUGGUGCUAUGGAUGUUUGGUCGCUCGGCUGCGUUGUGCUCGAGUUUGCAACGGGCAGAAGGCCAUGGAGUCAGCUCGACAACGAAUGGGCCAUCAUGUUCCACAUCGGCAUGGCGCAGCAACAUCCUCCCCUGCCAGAGCCCGGCCAGCUCAGCGAGAUGGGCAUCGAUUUCAUCCGGCAAUGCCUCAUCAUCGACCCGUACGAUCGCCCCUCGGCCGCAGAGAUGCGUCAGCAUCCCUGGAUCCGCAAUCUUGUCGAGCAACUGGACGCAGCGGCAGCAGACGAAGAAGCAGCGGCGGCGACUGCGGCGGCCAUGGGUGGAGAGAACAACAGCUACGCCGGCGCAGACACGAGCAGCCUCCAGUACGACGCAGCGACUCCAUUUCAGCACACGUCCGACAGUGCAACGGGCAUCGCAGCCAUGGUCGCCACGCCGGGAACGAGGAGCAUCAACGGCUUCAACUUCCAGCGACCUGGUAUGCCCAGCGCGGUGUCGAGCGCAACGUCUGCCUCUGGCUCGGCAUCCGCGUCCGAGACCCUCACGACGCCACCGUCACAACACGUCGGCGCCGGACUGCCCCACCAACCCUCCCAUUCUGGCUUCCCCGCGACUGUGGCAGACAUGGCGUGGAAGCGCGAGGAGAGACUGAUGCACGAGAUGAAGAAGCCUCUCGAGAUGACGACGGGGCUGCGGAACGAUGCAGAGGAGGAAGCAGAGGGAGCGCAGGAGAGAAGAGAGGGCGACGUGUAGCAGUGAUCGAAUGCAAAGCAUGUUUUCAGAGAUCGGACCAAGGAGCAUUGCGCGUGUACUGCUGGUAGCGAGCAGGGCUCGAUCGAAGAAGAAAUCUACAGCGACGCACCGUGUACAUGUCGCAAUGGGAGAGGAGCAAUGUACUGGCUUAAUUU